UGCACUUUUUCAUGAGGUUGUGAAAAUACCUUCAUGCGACUGAAAUAAUGUAUUAAUUUUUCCAUAAAGAAAAAUGUUUUAAUGCAAUAUAAUUGAAAGAAGUCAAGUCAAGUCACGAUGCAUUAAAAUUAUGAACCUUGAUAAACAUGAUGCCGUUAUACCUUUUUUAAACCAGAUACCCAUUAAAAUCCAGAAAGACAAUAAGUUUCAUGAAGAAAUGCACUAAAAACUAUUUUCACCUCGAAAUGCGUCAUAUACCCAUCCAAGUCGUUGCCAUUCGCGUCAUGUUCUUGGCUGUCACAGUAAAUCUUCUCCUUCGCUGAAGACUCAAGACACUCGCUCAUAAAAUGACACGUUGGCAAAAAACAACUAUAUCGAGUAUAUUUAUCCACGGCAUCCGCCCAUUAAGUACCGAAGAACAUUAUACCCGCCUCAUCAUUCCCACUUGGAUCGUCCACAAAUCCACACCAACCAGCCAGUAUGUCGAUAAUUGUCCCAGGAAUUGAUAAGUGUCCAUCAACGUACGCUCGGUAUGAGUGCAAGUUAGACUCAAAAACGCUCCAAAUCGCCAAAGAUGAACUGCGUGAAAGUGAAGCUACGAGAGAUGCCGCCAUGGCACAGCUGCGGGAGUUUAUUGCGAAGCAUCCCCAGAUUCAAACCUGCCGCACCGAUGGUCUGUUCCUGCUGAGAUAUCUACGAUCGACAAAGUUCAAUGUGGUCGCCGCUUGUGAGCAGUUGGAACGCUACCUGACCAUCUGCGAGACGACGCCGAGGUAUUUCAAAAAGAUCGACCCCAUGGAGGAGCAGCUGAGGAUGGUACUUGACAGUCGAGUGCUGGUGCCGUUGGGAGUUGAUAAGGAUAACCGGACGGUGAUACUGUUUCGCUUGGGGGAACUCGAUCCGCAUAAGAUAACCACCCAAAUGCAGAUUCAAGCAGGAGCGCUGGCCAUAGAAACAUUAAUGGAAGAUGAAGUGUUUCAAGUAGCUGGGAUGGUGAUCAUUAUAGAUUUUCAGAAUACGACAAUGUCACAUUACAGCGCGUGGUCUAUGAGUGAUUUGAAAUUGAUAAUUGAGGUGGUUAACGACAUUUUAUCGCACAGGCUGAAAGAGAUUCACCUGUUGCAAUUGCCUCGAUAUGCGGCAAUGGUGGUAGAUUAUUGCACGACAGCGCUAUCACCAAGUUUGAAAGAAAGAAUGAAGUUUCAUAAAUCGCUGGAGGAGUUCAAGGACGCAAUCGACGAGACAAUCCUUCCCACCAUCUACGGAGGAAAGCUUUCGCUGGAAGAGGCCAAUGAACGGUUCCUGAAGCGAACCCUCGAGGAACGCGAUCGUAUACUGAAGCAUACCGAGAUGUUCAUCGAUCUAUCGAUUCCGAAUCCAAACUCAAAGAAUAGCAAUGCCGGAUUGCACAGUAACCUGGCGGAUGAAUCAGUUAUCGGAAGCUUCCGGAAGUUGAAUGUAGAUUAGUUCACGCACACCGGUAGACGGAUAGAUCAUGCCAAAACACAAGUUUAAUGAUGAUGAAUAAUUUUACAAACAAUGUGAUAUAAAACACCGCAAGAUAAACCAAUAGUUUUGGGAGUUUGGUAGAUACCAGUUAAAUCUAAAUGCAACACCACAGUAAUUUUGAAUGUUCCUGUUUCGAAAGUCAUCAAGAUUAGGUGAAUCGAAAUAAAGUGUAA